UUGUGAUUCCACUGAAGAAGAAAAUCACCCAUGUGUUUGUAACUCUUGCUGCAACAAGGUGUGAGGACUUUCUGAAAACUUUGAGUUUUCACCUCAUUAAAUUUCCUUUUCGGCGGAGACAUGGAGGACGUGAUCAAGCUGCCGGAUGAAAAGCCCACAGAACCGAGGAAGAAGAAAGCCAGAAAGGUGAAGAUGGACCCGGAGACCGAGGUCCAGAAACGGCAGAAGAACGCCGAGCAGCUGGCGGUUCUGGGGGAGGAGGACGGAUCCGUGAGGCGGCUGGAGUCGCUGGUGUUCGGAGCAGAAGACGAGCUGCUGGAGAGACUCGUGGAGGAGCAGGAGGAAGAGGAGCAGACCGGAGCGCUGCUGCUGCUGGAAGACGAUGGGAGUGACGAGUCGGAGGCCGAGGCCGAGGCUCGUCAGCAGCCCAGGAAACCUGCCUGGGUGGACGAGGAUGACGAGCAGGAGGAACAGGUGGAUAUGACGCAUCGUUACCGUAGAAACCUGAUGAAGGGAGAAGCCGAGGCCUCAAUGUCCAAGCAGAAGCUGCAGCAGAGGAUGAGGGAGCAGUGAGUUCCCACACCCGAGUUCACCUGAGUUCACCUGGGUUUAGUACUGGAGUUGAGGGGGGAUGAGGGGGGAUGAGGGGGGAUGGCAUCCCCCCUGAAAUAAAAAAAACGGUCCAAAUCAUCCCCCCCUGAAAUAAAAACAGUCCAAAUCAUCCCCCCCUGAAAUAAAAACGGUCCAAAUCAUCCCCCCUGUAAAACUGCCAUCCCUCCUUUCCAUCCCUUAUGUCAUUUCAUCAAUGAAUGUGGUUUUACUGCUAUUUCAACAUUUAGAGUCAUCACCAGAAAAAUAACACCAGAAAAAUAACUUAUUUGACAAUUUUCACCUGUUUCAAGUCAAUUUUGACUUGAAAUAAGUGGAAAAAUCUGCCAGUGGAGCAAGAUUUAUCUAAACCAUAAAAACUAAGCCUACACCCCCAUGGAGAACUGAGGAAGUCAAAAAAUCAAAAAGAAAAUGCAGGAGUGCUGAGAGAAGGUGGAGAAAAAGCAAACUUACAAUACAUUAUCAGAUAUUUCGUGAACAACUCAAAUCCUACAAUAAAACCGUCAAACAGGCAAGAAUUGCCCAUUUCUCAAAACUCAUUACAGACAAUAAAAACAAUUCUAAAUUUCUUUUCUCCACCUUCGAUCUUUUAACAAAUGUACAUUUUAAGAAUUCCUCACAACCACCAACAGACAAUCUUUGUGAGGAUUUUGCAGACCACUUCAGAAGUAAAAUUGACAACAUUAGGUCCAGUCUUUUACCACAUCAAAAUGUCAUUUUUAACACAUCUGGACAGUUGCUUUUACCCGAGGAAACACUGGAGAGUUUUGCCCUGGUUGAUGCGAGGACACUUGGUCGAGUUUUCUCCCAGUAAACCCAACAACCUGCCUUUUAGAUCCCAUUCCCACAUCACUUUUAAAGACAUUUUAUGAAUUCUUUGAGGAACAUAUUUUAAAUAUAGUAAAUUACUCUCUUCAGACGGGUGUCUUCCCUGCCGCCUUUAAAAUGGCGGUGGUGAAGCCCCUUCUGAAGAAGAGUAAUUUAGAUCACAGCAUUUUUAAUAACUACAGACCUGUAUCCAACUUACCCUUUUUAAGUAAGAUUUUAGAAAAGCUGGUUUUUAACCAAGUAAAUUAUUUUUUAAUAAGAAACAAUAUUUCAGAGAAAUUUCAGUCUGGCUUUAGGAUGAACCACAGCACCGAGACAGCCCUUUUAAAGAUUUUAAAUGACAUCAGGUGCAAUUUAGAUAACCGCAAACUGACAGUCUUGGUUCUACUGGAUCUUAGUGCCGCCUUCGAUACAGUAGACCAUCACAUUUUAUUAAACAGACUGAAGCACCUGGUGGGCCUCUCUGGUACUGUUUUUAACUGGUUCCGCUCCUAUCUCACAGAUCGAUCUUUCUUUGUAAGUUUGGAUACAUGUUCCUCCAGAAUGCAUGAAAUUAAGUGUGGGGUCCCCCAAGGGUCAAUUUUAGGUCCGCUUCUUUUUAACCUUUACAUGCUUCCCUUGGGGGACGUCAUCAGGAGACACGGCAUCAGCUUCCACAGUUACGCUGACGACACACAGCUGUACAUCGCCGUGUCUCCUGAUGACACAGGGCCACUUGAUGCCCUUUUUAACUGUAUUUUAGAUAUUAAGUCAUGGAUGGCAGAUAAUUUCCUACAGCUCAACCAGGACAAAACAGAGGUUUUAGUUAUUGGUCCUGAAGGCCGGAGAGAGAAACUUUUACCAAAACUACAAGAUUUUAAACCUUCGCAACGUGUAAAGAAAGAACCUGGGUGUUAUUUUUGACUCUGAGCUCACUUUUAUUCCACACAUAAAGAAUAUCACGAAAAUAGGUUUUUACCAUCUUAAGAACAUAGCCAGAGUCCGCCCGUUUCUCUCUCAGGCCAGCACGGAGGUGCUGAUGCAUGCUUUUAUCUCUAGUCGUUUAGAUUAUUGUAAUGCCCUGCUCUCUGGUCUUCCUAAAAAGAGUAUUAAGAACUUACAGCUAUUACAGAACUCAGCCGCUCGCGUGCUGACGAGGACCAGAGGGCGGGAGCACAUUACACCUAUUUUAAAAUCGCUGCAUUGGCUCCCCGUCCGUUUCAGGAUUGAUUUUAAGGUUCUUUUACUGGUUUUUAAGUGUCUUAACGGUCUUGGGCCAUCUUAUUUAUCUGAUCUGCUUUUACUGUAUCAACCCUCACGGACCCUGAGGUCCUCUGGUACCGGCCUUUUAACCAUUCCCCGAACCGCGACCAAAACCCACGGUGAGGCUGCAUUCAGCCAUUAUGGCCCCUCUUUAUGGAACAGCCUGCCAGAGAACCUCAGGGCCGCAGAGAAUGUUGAUAUUUUUAAAAGGAGGCUCAAGACACACCUUUUUAGUUUGGCUUUUAUCUGAUCUCAUUUACCUAGUGUUUUUAGCUAUGUAUUGUGUGUACUUCUUUAGCUCUUUUAUCAUCUCUAAAACUUUAAUCAUUUAUCAUUUAAUUAUUUAUUAUUCAUCUUAAGUUUUAUAUAUAUUUCUCUAAAAUUUUACACUUUUAGGCAUUUUUUACUUUCUUUUAAUCUUUUAGUUUUUAGCUCCAGUGUUUCCUCAGGGGGGUCGUCCACACUGGGAGGUGUGCCUGCUCCGCCCAUGGGGGUGUCGUCAUGGGGAUCCCUCAGGCCUGGGUAGCUGGGGGGGGGCUCCACCUUCUGUGUGGGGUCUGCCCCGGUCUGUCCGGGUUGGGGGGGUCUCUGUGGGGAUGCUUCUGGUGGUCGUGGUCGGUGAUGCCUCUCGGUGUGGACGGCCACCCAUAGGUAGUGUUUUCCUCACCUGGAUCGUUAGUGCUAAGCCAUGUCACCAGUCCACUUAUUGUGUGUGUGUGUGUGUGGGUGUGGGCGUGUGAGUGUGUGCACAGGUAUAUGAGUGUGAGUGAGUGUGUGUGUACGCGUGGGGGGUGGGGUCGUAUGGAAUGUUUUAAAUUGUGUUUUUUAUUGUUAUUUUAUUCUGCAUGUAAAGCACCAUGUGUUGCAUUUUAUAUUGUAUGAUUUGGCGCUAUACAAA